CAGAUCGAAAUUUGCGUUUUUGAGAAACACCCGAUAUAUGGACGCGCGUGCCCUAAGUUGCCUAUCGACCGAAGUACAGAACUAUCUAACCAGCGCCCGUCUGACAUGGUGUCCAUAUAACUGAAAUCCAAAAUCGUUCUGUGUUAUAAUUUAAGAAAAAACGGGCAUCAAGUUUAAAAAGUGACAAUGGCCAUGUCAAAUCUUUAUUCGAAAAUAUCAACGAAGCCGAUGAAACGCUUCCAAGACAACGUCACAGUUAAACAGACUAAUCCAUGGUUAAAUGCGGAAUCGCUGAUUCCUGUAUCAGAUUCACCACCUACUGUAAGCCCAUUAUCUUCUUCCAUUGUAUUACAACGUGAAGGGACAAUAAACCAACCACUAAGUGCACCUGCAUCACCAUUGUCUUCCUUAUCAUCUCCAUUAGCACAAUUAAAUUUAUCAUCACCUGAAGACUGUACACAAGAUCCUAAUUGGCAAGCAACAAAACCUACAGUUCGUGAACGAAAUGCUGCCAUGUUUAACAAUCAUUUGAUGGCUGAUAUUAUAUUUAUUGUUGGUAGUCCAGGUCAUACACAAACUAUACCAGCACAUAAGUAUGUUUUAGCUACUGGUAGUUCUGUAUUUUAUGCUAUGUUUUAUGGUGGAUUAGCAGAGAACAAAAGAGAUAUAGAAGUACCAGAUGUUGAACCUGCUGCUUUUCUUGCUCUAUUAAGGUAUAUGUAUUGUGAUGAAGUACAAUUAGAAGCUGAUACAGUAUUAGCAACACUUUAUGUUGCUAAAAAGUAUAUAGUCCCUCAUUUAGCAAGAGCAUGUGUUAAUUAUUUAGAAACAAGUUUAACAGCAAAAAAUGCAUGUUUACUUUUAAGUCAAUCUCGUUUGUUUGAAGAACCAGAUCUUAUGCAACGUUGCUGGGAAGUUAUAGAUGCUCAAGCAGAAAUGGCACUAAGAUCAGAUGGCUUUGUGGAUAUUGAUAUUCAUACUCUUGAAUCAGUGCUUUCUCGAGAAACACUAAACUGUAAGGAAAUACAUGUUUGGGAUGCUGCAUUAAGAUGGGCUACUGCAGAAUGUAUACGACAAGAACUUGAACCUUCAUCAGCAAAUCAAAGACGUCUAUUGGGAUCUGCUUUGUAUUUAAUUAGACUUCCUGCUAUGAAUUUAGAAGAAUUUGCUAAUAGUGCUGCUCAAACUGGAAUUUUAACACAACAAGAAACAAUUGAUGUCUUCUUACAUUUUACUGCUAGUAAUAAACCUCAACUUUGUUUUCCUAUUAAACCUCGACAAGGUUUAAAAACUCAAGUAUGUCAUAGGUUUCAGUCAUGUGCAUAUAGAUCAAAUCAAUGGCGUUAUAGAGGCAGAUGUGAUUCAAUUCAAUUUAGCGUUGACAAAAGAAUAUUUGUUGUUGGUUUUGGAUUAUAUGGAAGCUCGUCUGGUGCUGCAGAUUAUAAUGUUCGCAUUGAACUUAAAAGAUUGGGAUGUGUUUUGUCUGAAAAUAGUACGAAAUUUUUUUCUGAUGGUUCGAGUAGUACUUUUCAUGUAUAUUUUGAGAAUCCAAUUCAAAUCGAACCAGAAUGCUUUUAUACAGCUAGUGUAAUAUUAGAUGGAGGAGAAUUGAGUUAUUUUGGUCAAGAAGGCAUGUCAGAAAUAACAGUUGGAAAUGUAAACUUUCAAUUUCAAUGUAGUUCGGAAAGUACGAAUGGUACUGGUGUACAGGGCGGACAAAUACCCGAAUUAAUUUUUUAUGGACCACCAGUAGAUGACUGAUGGAAAUUUAUUACAGAAAUAAUGGUUUAACUGAUGGUCUCUAAAAAUAUGUACCUUAACAUUGUUCAAUAUUUUAUAUAAUUGUUAAUUUACGUAUAAUUUUUAAAUCAAUGACGAAUUUUGUAUAAUAGAGACACUCUUAAAUAUCAAAUAUUUAUAUUUUAAAUUUAAUAUAGAAUCGUAAUAUGUGAAUAUUUCAUAAAAAAAGUUAAUUUUUUUUAUUAUAAUUUUAUAUCUUUUGUUAUUGUUAAUCUAAUAUUUAAAAAAUAAUAGUUUCUUUACUUAUAUUAAAUUUUUUGUUUUAUAAUACAUUAAAUGCAAAAUAUAAAUUAUUUCUUAAAAAUUUAUUUUUAUAAAACAAAAAUGUCAAAAAUAAAAUAUAAUACAUAAAAUAAUAUUUAUUUAUAUAUCAAAACUAAUAAUAAAACUAAAAAUUAUAAAAGAUAUUGUUUGGUAAUUAAUAAAAUAAAUGUAUUUAAAUUUAAAUUAGUUUUUUUAAAAUAAUAUUUUUUAUAGAAGAGAGUGUGUCUAUUACUAUUUUUACAUAUUCACGUGUUUUUAGUUUAUUUUUUUUUUUUUUUUUGAAAAAUUAUUUUUCGCAUAAUAAAUAUUUGAUGCAUUAUUUGUAAAUAUACAAGUGAAGAAUAUAAAAUAUUUGUUAGAUAACAUAUAGAAAAAAAAAUGUAAAGAUGAUCUUUAAAUUAAUAGAAAAUAAUUGAGAAAGUUAAUAAGUGCUAUUUAAAAGGAUUUGCUAUCUUUAAAAUUAUUGUUAAUAAUGAUAUAAAAAAAUAUACAAGGAUCAAUUAAUUUUUGAAUCUAUAUUGUUAUCACAAUUAAUUAAUUUUCAAUUGAAAAAAAUAUAAUAUGAAAUAAUUUAAAAUAAUUUAAAAUGAACAAUGUAUAGUGUCAUUUUAUGAAAAAAGAUUAUAUUGUUUUUACUUUUAUUCAAUGUAUUCGCGUAUUUUAGAACAUGCCACAAUUAAUGAAAAAUAAUUUUAAUCUAUGUAUAAUAUAAUAUUAUGAUUGAAACUGCCUAUGAAUAACAAUAUUUGUUUUCUAUUUAAUCAUUAUUUUAUUUUUUAUAUUAUGUCAAUAUAUAUUUUAUUUUUCUUUUUAACUUUUUAAGUAUUAAUAUAAUGCAAAAGAUAACUACUAAAUUAUUGAAAGAAAUAUUUAAGUAUAGAUCCUUAAAAUAAAAUAGCAUUUUUAUAUACAAUAUAAAAAUCACAAUAUUUCAUAUAAAUAUUUUAAGAUAUUUCAAACAUAUUUAUAUAAUUUUAUAAUUUACCCUAAUCUAAGUAAAAAAUAGAAAAAAAAUUCUACUAUAAUUUCAAGAUAAAAUAUAUACAAAUAUAUAAGUAAUUAUAUUAUAACUAUAAUUAUCAUUUUUUAUAAUAAACAUUAUGUUAUAUUCAAUAAUGCCAUAGAAUCUGGCAUCAAAUAUAGAAUAGUAACUACUAUUCAAAAAAGUACAAUGAAUUGCAAUAUUUCAAUAAUAAUAAAAUGUACAAAAUAAUGCCUUCCUAUUGUUAGCAUGAUUGGCAAGUGCCAAAAAAAAAAAUAAUAAUAAUAAAUAAAUUUUGAGUAUAAAUUAAGAUUGGCAUUUAAGAAAAAAGUGAAUAUCAAUUAUAUGUUUUAAAAUAAUACUAAAAUGUUCAAAUAAAAAAUUAAUUUGAAUUUAAAUUAUGCUAAUUUAUUAUUAAUAAAGUAAGAUAUUUAGUUUCAUUUUUUUAUUCUAAAUUUUCUAUUUAAAAUUAUUUAAUAUUAUAUAUAACAUAUAUUAAAGUAUGAAAAAUGUAGUUGAAAAUUUUUAUAUAAGCAAUAAAUCUAAAUAAAUAUCAGAAUCUUAUAUAGAAAUAGUGAUCUUAUAUUAUACUUAUAUCGUAAAUACUUUUGAACUAUUAUUAUAAUAGAAUUAACUGAUAUAUUACAUUAUUUCUAAAUAAACUGAAAAUAAAACAAA